CUUAAACUCAACCACUGAAUAAAAGAAUCCUAAUAAAGGAAUUUCUGUUAUUGUAGAAUGAGUCAAGAAUUUGCCCACGGACAAGGCAACAACAAUGAACACGCCAGUGUUCAUACUAAAGCAUCUAGCUUCACCCCUCCCAUCCAAAAUGAACCCGUCAAUCAACAAAAUUUUGGAAAUAACCCGAACGCUAGUGGUCAACCCGACCUUGUGAUUCCAACUUUUUUGGCUAGUGUGUUACAACAGAUAGCCAACGCGCCAAUAUUUCAACCACCUCCACCAGCGCCACCUUGAGUGAUAACCUACAAAAUGCUAAGGGAUAACGACGCAGAAUUAUUCCUUGGGGAUCGCAUCGGUGAACCCCAAAUUGCGUGGGACUGGAUCGAGCAGACUGCUCGAGUGUUGGAGGAUCUCAAUGUACCCAUGGACAACUAUCCUCGACUGGCUUCUCAACUGCUGCGCAAGGAAGCCUACGAGUGGUGGAAGAGGACCGAUGAGAGUGCGGGAACCCCUAUGCCGUGGACAUGGACACAUUUCGAAUGGGCAUUCAAGCAAGAAUAUAUUCCGAAAUGUUUUAGCGAGGAAAGAUGUAAGGAAUUUGUUGAACUGAAACAGGGAAACAUGACACUCCCUGAAUACCGUCAGAAGUUCACCAAACUUGCAAAGUUUGCGCCAACCUUGGUGAGUACCCCAACCAAUCGCAUUGAGGAGUUCAGGACGAAACUUCGACCUGGCCUCAGGUCACGUGUGUCCGUCCUUACCACCAUGGAUUUCGCAGAGGCCUACGAGAUCAUAGCCAGGGCAGAUAGUGACCUGAGGGCUUGCAUAGAGUAUCUUAAGGCAAACAAUGCUGGCUCAAGCACUCACCGUCCCACUAGCUCUGCCUCAAAAGGAAAAAGGCCUUUCCAGGAAUCUAGUAGUUCAAAUUUCUCUAAAAAGGGAAAAUCUAUGCAAACUCAGUCGAUGGCAUCCGUUGAUAAGUCUAGAAAGCGAAGGUAUCCUGCUUGCGAACACCGUGGAAGGAAUCACCCUGGAGAAUGCUGGUUGAAACAAGGGUUGUGCCUUGGCUGUGGAAAACCAGGACACUUCCGAAAGGAGUGCCCUACAAACCUCGGAGAACCGUAUCCACCUGCCCCUGUUGUCAGUCAAGCAGCAUCAGCACGACCUGCACCAAGUCAACGCUCAACAGCGGGGUCUAAUCCAGCCAAGAAUCAGAACCAACAACAAGGACGAGCUCCUGCUCGUACAUAUGCGAUGAAAGCACAAACUGAGGAAAACCCUGACGUCAUUCAGAAAGUUGGGGAAACCAUCAUGCACAAAACCGAAGAUGAGUAUGAUGAGCGGGAUAUCAAGAAGAUAGAAAACAACGCCAAGGCUAUUAACAUCAUCUAUUGUGCCGUAAACCCGGAUGACUACCGGAAGAUCUCUUGUUGUUCCACCGCCAAGGAAAUGUGGGACAAGCUAGAAAUCACAUAUGAAGGUACGCAUCAAGUCCGAGAAGCUAAGAUAGAUUUUCUAACCCAUGAGUAUGAACUAUUUCGUAUGAAGGAGAACGAGAAAAUCGACGAUAUGUUUGAACGAUUUUCAAAAAUUGUAAACGAUCUUCAUGCUCUCAAGAAGACAUACACGGACAAGGAGCUUGUGAGAAAAAUCCUGCGGAGUCUCACACCAGAAUGGCGCUCCAAAGCCGAUGCUAUCCAAGAAUCUAUCAGCAUCACCAGUGUCACCAUUGACGGGCUUAGAGGUAACCUCAAAACCUAUGAGUCUACCAUUCUUUACCCCUCUUUAGGUGAAGAAAAGAAGAAUGGGAUUGCACUCAAGGCGUCCACAAGUCAAGAACGUGAUGUGGAGGACUCGAGUGACAAAGAAGAGUUCGGGGUCGUGCUUAAGAAAUUCCAUAAGUUCAUGCGCAAGGAGUUUGAACGAAAAGGAAAGAAGCAAGGAGAAACACCCAAAUGCUAUGGGUGUGGAGAAGUUGGGCAUAUAAAACCAAAAUGCCCAAAUACCAAGAAUGAGAAGAAACCGUUCAAGAAGCACCGAGCUUACAUCUCGUGGGGAGGUGAUUCCGACGACGAGUCAUCGGAAGGCGAAGAAAAUGAGAGCGCCAACCUUUGCCUCAUGGCACACGAGGAACCACCAGAAGAGAUCGAGCAGACUGCUCGAGUGUUGGGAGAUCUGAACGUACCUCUUAACGACUACCCGAGGCUUGCAACAAAAUUACUUCGCAGAGAAGCCUACGAGUGGUGGAAACGCACUGAUGAGAGCGAUGAAACCCCGAAACCAUGGACAUGGGAAUUCUUCGAUUGGGCAUUUAAAAAGGAGUAUAUUCCAGCACGUUUCCGUGAAGAGAAACACACGGAAUUUGUUGAGUUGCGACAAGGGGAUAUGACGCUCCCCGAAUAUCGCCAAAAAUUUGUCAGUCUCGCCAAAUUUGCACCAACGUUGGUGAGCACCAGAACUGGUCGUAUUGAGGAGAUCAGGUCAAAACUCCAACCUGAUCUUAGGGCACAAGUAUCCGUCAUACCACGGUAGAUUUUACAGCUGCUUAUGAUUUGAUCGUAAAGCGGACAAAGACUUGAGUGCUUGCAAAGAAUACUUGAAGAAAGAAGGUUUUGGUCC